CAGUCAGGCAGUAAAGCCUGUUGGGCAUCUGAACCACUUUGAGAUCAGAUAGCGACAGUAUUCACCAGUAUUCCACAGAGAAUACACUGGAUGUAUAUUUUCCCUCAGCUUAUCUGGACUUAGAUCCAACUGUGUCUCUCAGUUCUGUAGCUGUGUGUAUGGAGCGCCAGGCAGUGCAGCGGGCCAAGGAGGCCUUCAUGGGCGGCAGGACUCGUCCUCUGGAGUUCAGACUGCAGCAGCUUCGCGCCCUGCAGACGAUGAUCACUGAGAAAGAGACUGAGAUCUCCACUGCUGUCAAACAGGACCUCAACAGGAGCCAGUACGACACACCACUCUUGGAGCUGAUUGGCAUUGAGAAUGAGAUCCAGCUGGCUAUAGAGAAGCUGGCAGAGUGGGCGGCUCCUCGACCUGUAGAGAAGAACCUCCUCACUAUAUCAGAUGAGGUUUAUAUUCAGCCAGAGCCCCUGGGUGUGGUGCUCAUCAUCGGGGCCUGGAACUACCCCUGGGCUCUCACUCUCCUGCCCCUGGUUGGGGCUAUUGCUGCAGGCAAUGCAGCUGUGGUGAAGCCGUCAGAGCUCAGCGAGUAUUCAUCCCUCCUCCUCCGGGCACUGCUGCCUCGCUAUCUGGACAAGGAUCUGUAUCCAGUGGCAACAGGUGGCGUGUCAGAGACUCAGGAGCUGCUGAAGCAGCGAUUUGACCACAUCUUCUACACAGGCAGCAGCACAGUUGGUAAACUGGUGAUGGAGGCUGCCGCUCAUCACCUCACCCCAGUAACCCUGGAACUCGGGGGGAAGAGCCCCUGCUACAUUGACAAGAACUGUGACAUCAGAAUUGCCUGCCGUCGUAUCACAUGGGGGAAGUUUGUCAACUGUGGUCAGACGUGCAUCGCUCCAGACUACAUCCUGUGUGAACCCUGCAUCCAGGGCCGAGUGGUGGAGUGUAUCCGACAAACUCUUCUGGAAUUUUAUGGUGCUGAUCCUAAAUGCUCACCUGACUAUGGCCGAAUUAUCAACCAGCAUCACUUCAACAGAGUCCUGGGUCUGAUGGAGGGUUACACUCCUGUGGUGGGAGGCCAGAAUGAUGCCUCACAGUGCUACAUUGCCCCGACUGUGCUGAAGGAUGUGCCCCCCCACUCCAGACUAAUGCAGGAGGAGAUCUUUGGACCUCUGCUGCCCAUAGUGACUGUGAGUGACAUGGAUGAUGCCAUUCGCUUUAUCAAUGAGAGAGAGAAACCUCUGGCCCUGUACAUCUUCUGCACUGAUAAGAAGGCUACAAAAAGGAUGAUUGAGGAGACCACGAGUGGAGGAGUGACAGUCAAUGAUGUGCUUAUGCACUACACACUCAGCUCCCUCCCUUUUGGUGGUGUUGGUCAUAGUGGUAUGGGCUACUACCAUGGCAAACACAGCUUCGACCAACUGAGCCACCAGAGAGCCUGUCUGGUCCGCUCUCUGGGCAUGGAGCGUGUUAACCUGGCGAGGUACCCUCCUCAGGACCGUCGACGAGCGCGCAGGGUGCGCAUGGCCCUCAAGACGCCUCUGAUUGACAUGUCCAAGAGGACGCUGGUCUGGGCCAUUGCUGCCACGAUAAUCGGCCUUGGCCUGCUUAUCACCCUACUGGUCAUCUUGCUCAUAGCUGCAGGGCUCAACUGUACCUGCUGGUACUGGAGAGGCUUUUAUAACUACUUCUAAGACACUGCAAUGUUUUUGUAAGUGCUGUCAGGGUUUGGUCCAUGUGAAGAACCCACCUGAACACACACUCACUUCUGUUUUAUAUUCAGAUAUUUUAAAGAUCAACAAGAGGGCAACCCUCUGAGCUAACAUUUACUAGCUGUGUGUCUGUUCUCUGUCAGACAAUUCCCUGAACAAUGAGACAAGCAGGUUUAACAUUGUCACUUCUGCAGGAAAUAUGACCAUGAACUGAGAAUUCCAGUCAAUUUAUGGUAUUCCAGUUAAAAUAUGCAUGUAUUUUAGCAUUUAUCUUUCAAAAUAAAAUGACUGUCAGAUGACUUAUGUCAUUUAGCACAUUUUGUAAUUGUACAAAACCUUUUCUU